AUGUCAAUUAUUACAGAGACAAGAGUCCAAUAUAAAAAGCCUGAUAUUUGUGGCUUUGAUAAAAUAAAGCAAACAAUUAUUUUAAUUGAGGUGAGCAUUACAUCACAAAACAGCCUCCAAGAAGUCGAAAUCGAGAAAUUCCAUGAAUAUGAUAUGACGUAUUGGCAGAUGAACUGUCAAUACUUUAUGAUGCAGGUGAAAACUAUUCCGGUGGGUUUGAAGUGGGACGGAGUUGUCUCGAAAUGCUUUACAUAUUACAUGGAUAAAAUAACCAUUGAAAAAACAACAAAAGUUACAUCCAAUUUUUUACUGAAAAGAACUCUUGAAAUAAUUGACAAUCGAGAAUGCUGCCUCGAGAUCCUCGACACUGCCGGGACCGAACAAUUUUAUAGUGUCUAUGAGAUGUACAUGAGGAAGGGAGAUGGAUUUCUACUGGUCUACUCAUUGGCAGAACCACAGACCUUUGAAUGGGCUCAAUCUCUUUACUCCCGAAUCCAGCAAUAUCACAGUCCUAAAACUAUGCCAGUUGUUAUAGUCGGGAAUAAAUGUGACCUUAAAUCAUCAUGGAAGAUUCCAGAUACUCUCAAUGUUCCUGUUUUUGAAACUUCAGCAAAAACAGCUCAGAAUGUCGAUAGGGUUGAUCUGGCUUGUUGA